AUGCACCCUAGUAUUGCUGUGCAUUUGGACAGCAGAUACUGUGUUCCGCAUAAUAGAUACCUCCUGUUGAAAUAUAAGGCACAUAUAAACGUAGAAUGGUGCAACCAAUCCAGAUCAAUCAAAUAUUUGUUCAAAUAUGUCAACAAAGGGAAUGACAGGGUCACUGCUGAAUUCUACAAGACCACAAAUGAUGAAAACGAAAAUGCAGUUGUGGAUGAAAUUACAAUGUAUUACGAUUGUCGCUACGUGUCCGCGUGCGAGGCAGCUUGGCGGUUGUUGAGUUUCGAUGUACAGCUUAGGCACCCCCCUGUUGAGAGACUAAGUUUCCAUUUGCCAGAUUGCCAAACCGUUGUGUUUGAGGAUGAUGAUAGGAUCGAAAAUGUGCUUAAUAGACCGACUGUCAAUCAAAGUAUGUUCAUAGCAUGGUUUGAUGCUAACAAGAAAUAUGCAUCAGCUAAAGAGUUGGCUUAUAUUGACAUGCCAAGCAAAUUUGUGUGGAAGAAAGAUAUUAGGGAAUGGCAUCCUAGGAAGAGGAGGUUCUCUAUUGGACGCAUAUUUUUUGUAUCUCCAAGAAGUGGUGAAGUCUACUACUUGAGAUGUCUUUUAAACGUAGUUCGUGGUCCGACGAGUUUUCAAGACAUCAAGAUAGUUCAAGGUGUUGUAUACCAAACUUUUAGAGAUGCAUGCUAUACUAGAGGGCUGCUAGACGAUGAUAGAGAAUACAUUGAUGCAAUCAAUGAAGCAAGUAAUUGGUCUACUGCACAAUCUAUGAGGAAAUUAUUUGUCAUAUUACUCACUGCAAACUUGGUGAAUCGACCCAAGAAUGUGUGGAAUCACGUCUGGCACCAUCUAUGUGAGGAUGUACAAUUUAACAGGAGAAUAGUGUUGAAAGACAUGGGGUUGUGUUUGUGUGAUGAUGAGAAGAAAAACCUAGGUCUUCUUGAACUAGAGCUUUUAUUGCAGUUGUACAACAAGUGUUUGAAAGAUUACCUGCAAAUGCCAAUUCCAAAUUAUGAUGAUGCAUUAUUGGCUAACAAUAGAUUGUUGUUUGAUGAGCUUAACUACGACCAGCAGGCAAUGAGAGAAGAAUGCGAGAAGAUGGAGAGGCAAUUAACUGAUGAGCAGUUUGUUGUAUAUGACACCAUUCUAAGGGAUAUACAAACUCAAAACGGCAGGUUGUUCUUUGUAUAUGGUUAUGGAGGUACAGGUAAAACUUUUGUUUGGAAAGCAUUAUCUUCGAAGAUACGAUCGGCAGGUGAUAUGGUACUAAAUGUUGCAUCAAGUGGUAUUACAUCAUUGCUACUCCCAGGAGGUCGAACAGCUCACUCACGGUUCGCCAUUCCAAUUGCAGUUAACAGGGACUCCACGUGCAACAUUAGUCAAGGUAGUCACCUCGCCGAAUUGCUAAUCCAAGCCAAGCUAAUCAUAUGGGAUGAAGCACCAAUGAUGCACAAACACUGCUUUGAGGCUCUGGAUAAGACAAUGCGCGACCUGCUGCGGCACAGCGAUCCUCAUAGCGUGCAUAAGACAUUUGGCUGGAAGACAGUGGUGUUAGGGGGUGACUUCCGACAAAUAUUGCCAGUCGUUCCUAAAGGCUCUAGGCAAGAUAUUGUUUCAGCUGCAAUCAACUCAUCCUACCUUUUGGAGUAA